AUGUGUGCAGACCAAGGCGGGGAGCCCGGUUCUUCCGGUCCAGGUAGUACUGGAACUUGGAACCCUGCCUCUUCUGGUACCGGUUCCACUGGCACCUGGAACCCAGGUUCUUCCGGUUCCGGUUCCACAGGAACCUGGAAUCCAGGUUCUUCUGGACACGCCACUGCAGGUUCCGAAGCUUCUGGUGGUGUUGCUGCUGUUGCACCUGCUGCUGGUGAUCCAGGUGCCCAGCCUCAAGCACCAGCAUCCCCUGUCUUACCAGCAAGACCUCCACCACCACCACCACCAAGAAGACCAUCCACACCACGGCAAGGACAAUCACCAACACCAGCAGCAGUAGUAACACCAAAAAUUGGAUCAGCAGGUGUAAUUACAAAGAAGGGAGGAGGAUGGAAGGAGGGGGUGGUCAACCCUUCCGAUCUUACUCCAUACCUUCCCUUAAUCCCUAUUCUAAUGGGUCUUUCUGCUAUGAGUUAUCUACUUUGGAAGUAUUUUUUCCUCGGUAAAAAAAGAAAACGUUACAGAAGAGCUCAUAAAGUACGUGGUUCUCCUUCCUUAGAAGAACAACUCCUUGCUCAUGUGGACGACCAAGAUGGUCCACAUGAAUAUACCUUAGUAAAGGAACGCAGACAACCAAGAUCUGUUCCAACGAAAACGAAGAGACCCAAAAAACAGGGCGUUAGUCGCCCUGUUCGUCGCCGUACCAUUAUUGAUAUUCAUUUAGAAGUCUUAGACGAAUGUCAAAGAGAAGACCUCCAUUCGACGAAGGGGGACUUUGUUAAAACAAUUGUGGAGGAAUUUAUGGGAAGUGAGUUCAUAAAAGAGGAAAAGACUCCUAAGGAAUGUGUUCCUAAGGAAGAUGUUCCAAUUUCAGGUUCUGGAUUUAGUGAGGAAGACUUUGUUCUUAAGGGAGACAUUCCUGAAGGAAAUGUUCAAAGUUCAGGUUUAGGGUUCCCGUUUCAGGAUCCUACGAAUUCGACCCAAUGUUCAGGUUUAGGGUUUAGGGAGGAAGACUAUGUUCCUAAGGAAGAUGUUCCAAGUUCAGGUUUAGAGUUUAGGGAGGUAGACUUUCUUUCUAAGAAAAAUGUUCCUAACAAGGGGGUUCCAUGUCCAGAUUCCGGGUUUAGGGAGGAAGACUUCGUUCUUAAGGAGGAGAUUCCUUCUGGCUUAGAGAAGGAGCAUAGGUCCUUAACGUGGAUCACAUACUGGGUUAAUUGGAUACAACAGAAUAUGAAUGUAUUAGUGGAAAUAAAAACCCAACCUUGGUUUCAUGACCUAAAGGUAAGUUGGAAGGAGCAUCAAAGGGGUGCUGAGCAGGGUGAAUUGAACAAUAAUAGUGAUGUUUCUUCCAUGGAAAACCGUAAAAAGGAGUUGUGGAAACAGUGGGUUGCAAAGCAACAUGCCCUUAUGGAAUGGAAUAGUCAAACAGCAGAUUGGUUCAAGCAUUUGUUAGACAACGUGGAAAGGAUGAAUCCGGACGAAUCGGAACAGCAACAACUGCAAAAGGACUUCUACCGGAAAAAUCGUCAAACCCGGAAAUUGUGGAUGCUUAUUUUGGCUUUGUUGUUUGAGGAGUGUGAAAGGGAAGAAAACAUCGUGGAUAAGGAGUUUUAUUUAGAUCAUUUAUUACAAGACACUUUGACAUAG